CUAGCGCUGAAACGAAGUUACUUUGGAUCGAAGUUGGGUCAAAUAGUCAUAUUUUUGGCCAAGGAAUUUGUGGUAGGUAGUCCAUUUUAUUUGUCUCUUCCGGACGUUUAAACUAAUUUAGUUGUUGAGCCACAGCUCAACAGUUCAAGGCUAUGUGAAAUGCUUUACACACCUCUAAAUAUGUCAAAUGUCAAUGUCAUUACUAAAAACAUUAUAACCUACAAGUAACGCGUCGUGUUUUUCUUGUUUUGUGUUGUUACACUUUGUUUUGCCACAAUUUUAUCGUUACUGUAUUUGGUUAUAUUAUUGUAUGAUUUCAUUAAAUCUAUUGACGUGAAUUGUAAUGACUACAAUUAUUUGAUAAACAGAUGUAUUGCCCUUCACGACUUUAGAAAACGUAAAUAUGUCGAGUUGGGUCGGUUACGCAGUGUCCGUAAAUUGUGGAGAGCCCCUCGGCUGUUACCAGGGCACAAUUGUGGCAACCGAUGGCAGCACAAUAACGCUAACAAAGGCUUUUAGAAACGGUUUUCCCUAUCCAAAGUCUAAGGUUACGCUUAAUGCUGUUGACAUAAAGGAGUUAAAGAUCAUAGAAGAGACACAUGGCAUGCUCACUGAACAAACACACAGCACAGUUUCAGUCACUAAGAGCAACAAGAAGGGGCAGCGGGCUACUGUGUGUGAAAAUUUGCAGGCUAAUCCGUCAAAUUUAGUUAAUACUGGAAGUCCAGCAGCGAGCCAUGUGAGCUCAGUGCAGGCGGGGCCGGGCCGCAGCAAGCCCAUCGACAUACAAGCUCCUAGAGGCAAUAAGAAUAUUACCCAUUCAGGUAGGCUGCGGUGCGGUGGAACCAUCUUGUUGCAUUAAUUCAUCAAAGUCUGUUCCUUCCGUAUUAUCGCACAUAUAUUGUCUCGCUGGCGCAGCG